CACUAAAAAAUAGUGCCGUUCUUCUGUUCUUAACAUACCUUGGUCCACAUGGAUGAAACGCGUUUUCUAGAAAGUGAUGUCUUUAUUUAUAACAUUGACAUCGAAGGGCUUUUCUUUGAUAUUACUCGUUUGACAAUUUUAUCCACUGAAAGGGAUAGCUUUACAGUGAAGUGCUAUCCCAGAAAGAGCCGCGCAUUGAUCCACAUUGUAUUUUUGGGGUAAAUAUAGUCACGUGUUUGCAGACAACCAAUAAGCAGAAGGAGACCUCGUAGAAAUAAUUACCUGCCUUGAUUGUUCUAUGAGCAGAUAAAAAAGUACACAUACACUUCAUACAAUAAUCUGAUGAAUGUAAAACAGACUGGAGGCAUCAUCAUGUCGACAACCGGUCCUAUAAGCAACUAUUAUGUGGAUUCCUUAAUUAACCAUGAAAGCGAAGAGGUGUUGGCGUCUCGAUUUUCGGCCACCGGAUCGCACCCCUCAGGGUCCCGAGCGACAGGCUUGGUACCGGAUUGUACAGAUUUCCCGUCUUGUAGUUUUGCACCUAAGCCCUCCGUUUUCACCACGUCCUGGGCCCCAGUGCAUUCUCAGUCUUCAGUGGUCUACCACCCUUACACGCAUCAGCCGCACAUAGGGCCAGACUCCAGGUACGUGCGUUCCUGGUUGGAACCCAUCUCGGGCGCCGUAUCUUUUCCCGGCUUUGCGACGAACAGCAGACACUACGGGCUCAAAGCAGACACGUACCCCGGCAGAAGGAGUGGGGAGUGCGCCGCUCCCGAUGGCAGAAACUAUGCGGACUAUCUGUAUGGAUCCUCGACGGAGUUCAGGGAUAGGACUCCGCAAACCAUUCCGUCCCCGGAAUCGGAGCCCAUAGCUUCCAGUAAGCACAAGGAAGAGAAGACAGAAAUAGACCCAAACAACCCCGUGGCCAACUGGAUCCAUGCGCGCUCCACCAGAAAGAAGAGGUGCCCGUACACUAAAUAUCAGACCCUGGAAUUGGAGAAGGAGUUUUUAUUCAAUAUGUAUCUUACAAGGGACCGCCGAUAUGAGGUGGCCAGAGUCCUUAAUCUCACUGAACGCCAAGUUAAAAUAUGGUUUCAGAACAGGCGGAUGAAAAUGAAGAAAAUGAAUAAAGAAAAGGGAGAGAACAAGGAGCAAUGAUACUUCCGUCCACUAUAAAAGAAAGAACUUCAUAAACAAAAGAAGCCGUUCGCAAACAGCGACGUAAAAAAAGAGAAAAAGAAAGUAAAAAGAGACACAUUAAGCAACGACUUUGCUUUUUUUUUUUUUUUUUUGGUCUGUUUUUCUUUUAACCAGAACUGUUUGGUUUAUAUUCUUCACUUAUUUUUAGACUUUGAAUGUGCAAAUUGUUCAUUUAAUGUUUAGGAUAGCCACCGAUCUGCAACGUCUUUGGAAAAAAAAAAAGUAUUUUCACCAAGUUGCUGCGGUAAUAUCAUAAUGUCUUUAAUUAUGAAGAAAGUACUUGAAUUUUUUUUUUUAAAUAAUGUGUAACUUAUGACAGUCCCGUGCUUAUAUCCCUCCUUCCCAUCCCACCCCUCAAGAGUUUGUAAGCGCGAAUCUUGCAUAUUUUGUACAAAAAAAAAAAAAAAGGGCAGGAACGUCUAUCUGUGUGCGUAUGUCAAGUUGUGGUCAUAGUUAAUAUUGUACUUCUCUGUGUAAUUUUUACAUUCGUAUCACUGACUAAAGUGAUAUUAUUAUGUUCUCUUGUAGAAUGUAGCUAUAUUUAAAUAUAUGUGACGCCACCUCACGAGUCCAAGUGGUUGUCCUUUACCAUGCGCUACAAGUAGAAAUGCCGUCAACUGUUUACAGCUUCAGUCAAAAAAAAAAAAAAAAAAAAAGUGUAGUGAAUGGAGUUUCAGGUCAAUAAACAAAGUACCAACUUUCAAACGAGCUUAUUCUUCUGCCUAGCUUGCAUGAAUAUGAAGCAUUUAUAUUGCAGAGAGAAAGCAAUACAAAACAAAUAAUGCGAGAAAAAAAGUUCACAAAGUAAAUGCAUUAAAGCAAUUGUGCCAAUCGCUUGACAACCAACAGGAUAUUGAAAGCAGCCGCUAUGUAGCACCAUAAUUUCCUGCCUUUUGAUUUUUUUUUUCUUUUAAUGAACAUUUCCUUAAGUUUUUCUUUGUUAUCAGCCAAGUUUUUCAGAGGGCAGUUUGGCCUAACAGAGAAAGACCCGCACAAACACGUACCGAAAUAGGGUCCGUUUUUAACAGUAUUAUAAUUUAACAUUUCAAGUUAAGUGUACACGCGAGUUUACGUUAUGGACAAACACUCCUUGGCGAGUAAUUCUCCU